ACUGGAAGAAUCACUAAUAAUAAAAGGAAAUAAUAUUCGUAUGAUGAAAUGUACAUAUUAAUCUUCUGAUCAUGUGGACUGGAUUCCUCUGUUGUUUAUCGAAGUAAUUGAAUUGAUUAACACGGAAAUCAGUUUUUCUAAAAUAUACAUCACGCAAAUACAUUUCAAAAUAAGGUACACACUAUUUAAAUAUGUUACUCUAUGCAUUUUAAGCGUUAAAUACAUUUUAUAAGCAUACGCUGAUUUAUAAAAUAAAUGUAUCUAUACGUUUUGAUGUCAUUUUAUUUGACUAUACGUCUAUAUUACAUUAACCAAGGUAAGAACUAAACAAAGUGCUUUAUUAUUGAAAAGUACAUCGAUAAUUACAAGAACCGAAGAUACAAGAAAUGCCGCCAAUUAAUUAUUGUAGCUUACUAUUUUAGGAAUGAAUCACCUUGAGAUAAUAAUACAUACAAAGCAGAAGACAGAUAUCUUGUUCUAAUGUUCAAUAAACCAAGAUUGGUUUUUUCGCAAAUCUAUACCAGUAAAAAGAAUUCAAUACCCGAAGUUUUUGUGCGCGUACGUCAUUUUCAAAGAUAUUUGUCGAAAUUUAACAUAGGUAACAACAAAAGUUUUUCACGUGACUCGUAAAUUUACCAACACCGAUACAUCAUUUCUGUGAUUAGUUUUUAAAUUAAACGCAAUUGACACAUGCGUGUAUAUCGAUAAAAGGAAAAUAAUUUUGAAGUAGUUGAAAUGAACGAUUACAAGUGGAACAGGUAUAAAAUGAACAAACAAUCAAAUUCAGCUAAGGAAAGAAGAAGAACCACAUCUAGAUCUGUAACAAAACCUUAUGAAACAGAAGAGGAAGCUACAAUUAGAAGAUUACAUGAUGCACAAAGAAUGGCAAGAUUCAGAGCUAGGAAGAGGAAAGCUUUAGAAACCAAGGCACUUGAAACAGGAAAUGAGUUUUCUCAAAUCUCUGAAUUGAAGAGAAGCAUUACAUUUAAAAAUGUUGAUUCUAUUAUUACUGUACCUAACAUUACACAAUUUCAAAGUAAUUUUUGUACAGGGAAUCCAUCUUCCCAACAAAGUAAAUAUUCUGAAUUAUUAAAGGUCAUCCAAGAACUAGGAAAAGAUAUUAGAUUAACAUAUGCUGGUAGUAAAAUUUCAGCAGAAAGAAUGAAGAUAGGUAUCAUAAAAGCUAGAAUACUGAUAAAAGAAUGUUUGUUGGAAACAGAAAUGAACUCACGGUAAUAGCACACAAUUUAUAAUUAUAAAUUAUAUUCUAUUUGUUAGAAGAUCCUUAAUAGUUAACUUGUUUUUAUGAUUACAUGAUAUAUUUCAAUAUAACAAUAAAAUUCUAAUUAUCAAUGA